AUGAAUCUGACCAAGCGCCGCGCAUCCUUUACCGGGUGUAGCUCACAGGCGAGCAAACGGGCUAAGCUCACAUCGAACCGUCUCGCCAUCGUGCAAGUGUUCAACCGCCAAUAUUCGACUGAUCUUGGAGAUCAAGCAUUCAUCAGCCUUUGUGCCUACCUCAUCGUGAUCCUAGACUGGGGUUACCAGCUUGACUCAGCCGACUACGACUUAUUCAUCCUCGAGUACCCGAUGUACGAAGCUGAUCUACCCUCUCUGUAUAGUUCUCAGCUCGACACACACACGGUACGAAUACCUUCCUACCACAAAUGGUUCGAAUCGAAAUCGCCUUCGUACGACGGCGUCCCCAAAUCCACAUCGUCGAAGGUCCUCUCUCCGUCCAUUCUUUCAGAAAUCGCCACCCAGCACCCCUAUUCAGUUGCCUUGACGGAGACCGUUCUAAUGGAAUCUGCACUCAAGACGCUGAAAGGUGACCAGAGACGGAGUUUCUGGCUUGAACUUACCAGUCUCGAAGAACAUUCUGCUGAUGCCGCGUAA